CUCCGUUCCACAUUGAGACUCCACACCCGAGGACUUCAUCAGGACUGUACAGCAUGGAGCUGCUCACCAAAACUCUGUUUCUGUGCUUAGCACUUGCCCUCACCAAUGGAGGACCUGUGCCGCCACAUGAUGCACCAGUAAAUGAUGCUGCUCUACCAGACCGGUGUGAAGGCAUUGAGUUUGACGCCAUCACUCCUGACGAGAAAGGAAACACUUUCUUCUUCAAAGGCAGCCACUUGUGGAUGGGCUUCCACGGGGCGGUCCAGCUUGCCAAUGAGUCCUUCAAGGAGCUUGAUGACCUCCAUCACAUCGGCCACGUAGAUGCUGCCUUCCGCAUGCACAACGUGGAGAACCCAGACGACCACGACCACAUCUACUUCUUUCUGGAUGAUAAGGUGUUCAGCUAUUACAACCACACUCUGGAGGACGGCUAUCCCAAAGAGAUCCAGGAGGACUUCCCGGGAGUCCCCUCGCAUCUGGAUGCUGCCGUGGAGUGUCCCAAAGGGGAGUGCAUGGCCGACUCGGUUUUGUUCUUCAAGGGACAUGAUGUACAUGUGUAUGAUAUCAACACAAAGACAGUGAAGACCAAGACGUGGCCCCACCUGCCCGUCUGCACCUCCGCUCUACGCUGGCUGGAGCACUACUACUGUUUCCACGGACACAACUUCACCAGGUUCAACCCGGUGACCGGGGUGGUGAGUGGCGCCUACCCCAAGGACGCCCGCCACUACUUCAUGAAGUGCCCCGACUAUGGUCAUGGAGGUGACUAUGAAGUCCCAAAAUGCAGUGAGGUCAAAUUGAAUGCCAUCACCACUGAUGAUGCAGGAAAAAGUUAUUCAUUUGCAGGCCCUGUGUACAUGCGUCUGGACACCCGUCAUGAGGGCCUUCAUGCCUUCCCAAUCACCAGGGCGUGGAAGGAGAUGACCAACGGCGUGGAUGCCGCCUUUUCCUACAAUGACAACAUGUACUUAAUUAAGGAUGAUCACAUUUACAUCUAUAAAACAGCAGCUCAUUACACCCUGAUUGAUGGCUACCCUAAAACCCUGAAGGAGGAGCUAGGCAUAGAAGGACAUGUGGACGCCGCCUUUGUCUGUCCCGAUCAACACACAGUAUAUGUAAUCCAAGGAAGGAUGAUGAGCGACGUGGACCUUAGCGCCACACCCAGGACCGUGAACAUGCCUGUGCCCUUGCCCAUGUCCGACAUCGACGCCACUCUGUGCAAUGCGGAUGGAAUUUAUCUGUUCAAGGGCUCUAACUAUUACCGCUACGUGACCCCCAUGAUACUGGCUAUGAGCAGGAUGACCCCUCAACCUCUCCCUGUUACCAACGCCAUGUUGGGAUGUCAGGAUUAGUAGUUUCUCAGUCCAACUAGAGAGUGGAAUAGAGAACUACAUGUGUAAACUUUUCAUAAAUCCCCCUCCCAUGCAUCGUGGAGUUAGAGUUGUUUGAUGAAUAAAAUUAGUGGGGAAUUUUACUGCA